GAUUCUGAAGAUGGACAUUAGACAUUUCUUUAAUAAAAAAGACGGCAAUUCUCAAGUGGUGGCUCACACAACAACCCCAGAGCCACCACCUGAGCCAGGUGAACAAGGUGAGGCAUACUUUAAUGCAACAGGAGGUGCAGGGACUGAGGAUGUGACUCCUGAUAUUUUGGACAAAAUGGGUUUCAUCUCAUUGGAAGCCAUGGUAGCAGCUAUUUUUGCUGCAAUAAAGUCUGGAGCAGUUUGGAUUCUCUGGGCAAUCUUGAAGGCAAUCUUGAAGUCAAUCUUGAAGUCAAUCUGGGCGUCAUUUGGUUGCGGAUGGUUUAUGGCCGCAGCUGGAGGAGCAGCCACUGUGUUGGCGACUCCUGCUAUUCUAGCUGCCUUAGGUUUUACCGCAGGUGGAAUAGCAGCCGGCUCCAUUGCUGCCAAACUAAUGUCGUGGGCUGCAGUUUCUAAUGGAGGAGGCGUUGCAGCAGGAAGUCUGGUGGCAAUCUUGCAGUCACUUGGGGCUACAACUGGAGCUGCGGCUGGAGCUGCGGCUGGAGCUGCGGCUGGAGCUGCGGCUGGAGCUGCGGCUGGAGCUGCGGCUGCGGCUGGAGCUGCGGCUGCGGCUGGAGGAGCUGGAGCUGCGGCUGGAGUAGCUGUGGCUGGCAUGGUUUCCCUUGGUCUCGACAAGCCCCCGAUCCUGGACCGGGCACACCGCGCUCUCCGCAGCAGAGCGACACAAGACGUGCUCCCACCGCGGGCUUUUAUUGUGAAAUUCCACUAUCUCUCCGAAAAAGAAUCGCUGCUGAAGAAAGCAAUAGAGAUGAAAUCAGUGACGACCCCCGACGGUGACCAGAUCCGGCUUCUGCCGGACUUUACUCAGGCGGUGAGUAAACAGCGGGCAGCCUUUACCGAGGUGAGAGGGCUGCUGCGGAGCUGCGAGGGGGUGCGCUACGGCCUGACAUACCCUGCCAUACUGAUGAUCACAACAUCGGGGGGCCACGAGGCAAGUUUCAGCGAUCCAAAACUGGCAAAGGAGUUCGUUCUUAAUAAGGUGGUGCGCAAGGCUUCAUAA